UACAGACCUGAGGAAGAUUUAAAAGUAAACAUGAAUCAUGACAAGGGAUAUACCCUCCUGGUACCAAAAGGUGCCAUGCCAAAAUGGAAAGAAUGCUGUGGACUCAUCAAAAAAUGGUGGAAAGAAGUAUUUGUGGUUGUAUUAGUCAGCUUCAUCUUCAUCCUCGCCAUUGCAGGAUGGAUCAUGUUCACUGACUGUAAGAGUGGGACCUUGGAGAGAGAGAAACAACUCCAGGAGGAGGCUCAUAACCACCUCACAAACAUCAUACAAGACAUGACAGCUCAGGCAGAGAAGAAUGUAUCAGAUUGCAAGAGAGAGUCAGCAGCAAGAGAGAGGAAGAUUAGGGAGGAGGCUUACAAGAGAGAGAGACAACUACGGGAGGAGGCUUACAAGAACCAGACUAAAAUCAUAGCAGUCAUAACCGCUGAGGCAGAGAAAAAUUUAUCAGAUUGCAAGAACGAGUCUGCAGCAAGAGAGAGGAAGAUUAGGGAGGAAGAAGAGAAGAAGGCCUUGGAGAGAGAGAGAGAACUGAAGGAGCAGUCUGAGAAAACCCUUAAUGCGACCAUACAAGAGAUGACAGUGCAGGCUGAGAACAUCACAGCAAUGGCAGAGAAAAAGCUCAAUUCAACAGUAAACCAGAUGAGAGAAGAUGCUGAAAAAACCUUGAAGGAGAAAGUGAAGGAUAUACAACAAGAGGAGGAGAAGAAGAGAAUUGACGGGGAGAAGAAGAUACAAGAAGAGGGUUUGAUGAAGCUCAGUGAAAGAGAAAAAGUCAUCAGAGAGGAGGAAGGGAGAAAAUGGCAGGAGAAGGAAAAGGAUGUGAGAGAAGAUGAAAAGCAAAAGAGCGAAAAGAACAUCAGAGAAGAAAAACAACGACUACAAGACAAGAUAGAAAUGCUUAAAAACAGGGAAAGCAUGUCUCUUUUUAACACAGAUCCUACGACUAUUACACUUAUUGCAGUUGGAAUAUGUCUGGUAAUAUCUAUUUUCAUUAACAUUUGUCUCAUUUGUAGAAGAUGUUGAAUGGCCAUGGUGUUAGAAAAGUGCUUUAUAAAUAGAGUUACCUUGACUUAACUAGUGUAUACAACAGGGCCGGAGUGGGGCCUCUUUUCAGCCCGGGAAUUUCAGGCCCAAUACCGGCCCACUUUUCCCAUGGUAGUGGAAAUUGGAUAAAUUAAGCAACAGCUCAGCUCUUACUAUCCUGUAUUUUUUCAAUACCAUGGCUCAACAAAUAGCCUAAUGUAGGUUAAAUAAUAACCUGAGAAGUUAACAAACAUAUUCCACUAUCCAAAGGUUGAUAAAUUAACAAAUGAAUUUGAAUUUGAAACGUAUUCCACUCUUCAGCAUAAAUGCAUAUUGAACUAUUGUUUACAGUUCAAAUCCCAGUACUGUAAAGUUACACUGUGAAUAGCAACGGCAUCUAUAGGAGCAGACAUCCAUGUGACCGAUGGACGUAAAAUGUAUCCAAAUUCACAUUUAGCUUAAUUGCUCACAGAGUACUUAUCACAAAUAAAUAGAUAUCGUGGAAGAGCUGGACUUAGGCUUUCAAAUGUAGCAGCUAGGUGCUGUGAUAAACUUUGAUAAACGAAAAUUAAUGUUGGUUAUUCAGUUAUUCAUUUUAUAUUCCUCUUUUUAGUCAACUUUAGCAUGGGGUGCCAACAAUUUUGACAAUGACUGUAAAUAAGUGAUGGAAACCUGGAAUAUUAAAUGAUAAAUUGAAUUAUUUUCUUGAAAAUAGCUAAGAAACCCUAACCCUUCAACAAAACUCCAUUGAAAAUGAAUGCGGGUCACUUGUGACCCAUGUUAUGAAUUAGAGGGGUAAUGACAGAAAAGUGUUUUUAUUUAAAAGGUUUAAGAGAAAAAAAUACAACUUAGUCUUGUAAUGAACAAAAACAAGUUAAUUGAGGAAUUCAUGGAGUGCUGGGUCAUGGUUUUUUUUUAAAAAUUGCUAAGAAACCCUAGCCCUUCAACAAAACUCCAUAGAAAAUGAAUGCGGGUCACUUGUGACCCAUGUUAUGCAUUAGAGGGGGUUUCAAUAGCUCAUGCAUCAAAGGGUUAAUCAUAGGCUAUUUCCAUUGUGCACACAGAGCUUCAUCCACCUCCACACCCAUUACUCUCGGUGGUAGCCUAUAUCUCCCAAACUCUAGUCAACACAUAGCUAACCAUAUAUCAAAAUAAACAGCAGACCUUAUUGGACACAGGGAUAUGAAUCAUUCCUCUGUACAAUACGCUGAUCCCAAGUAAUCCGGUUUUGAAACUGCAGCAAAUUUCUACAUGUUAUCCAACUUCAGGCUAAAUUAUUAUAGUAAGCUUCCAUUCUAAUAGCAGCCCAACAGUAAUGAACUUGCUUUCUAAGUCAAAGUCUAAAUAAAAGUUUAAUAGGCAUAAAUCAUGACUUGUUGUAACAGAGGUAAAUAUCGUAGCAAAUAGCCUGGUGAUGAGACAGCUUAGAAAUGUAUUUCACACUCGCUGGAGACCCUGGUGCAUAGUUGCGGUACCGGCCCUAUCGGUAGCCUAUCUGAGAAAUCAUGUUUUGGAAAAAGACGUGCUAUGGACCCAACCAACUCUAUUUUGGGAGGGGAGAACUCCCUCGCAUGGAAGGCUAUGCUACCGCCCAUGCAGAGGCUGCGGUGUCAGAAUGCGGAGCGUCUGUAGCCUACUUUAAGAGGAGAUGGACUAACGUGACAAAUGUAACGUAAACGUACACGUAACGUGUAAACGUAAAAUAAAUAAUAAAAUUCUCGACCGGCCCAAAAGUGAAGCGGCCCACCGGGAAAUCUCCCGAUUCUCCCGAUUACCCACCCCGGGCCAGGUAUACAGUAUGUAGAAUUACAUGAACCUUUUGUGUAGGUGUGUAUUUAAGGUAGGGUAUACAGUAUGUUGAAUUACAUGUGUGUAUUAAAGGUAGGGUAUACGGUUUAUAGAAUUACAUGAACCUUUAGUGUAGGUGUGUACUUAAGGUUGUGUUACACUUGUAUUCUUGCCUUGGCCUAGACAUACAGCAUACAGCAUACUUUUAGAAGUACAUACUAUUUUUGAGGAUAUUAGAAUUUUUUGU